AUGUGCGACUCCAAGUUGCCUGAGGGCAGUCCACCCGCCCCACAAAAUGGGCUUAGUCUGCCCGGGCCCCCCGAGCUUAUUCCACACGUCUACAGAAUCCCAAACGAAAUCCUCGGUCUCAUCUUUUUGUUCAACGCAACUUGGACAAAGGGCAAGAUGGACAAUCCACGAAGAACGACAAUGGCGACCUCUCAAGUGUGCCAGAGAUGGAGAAACGCCGCGCUCUCAUACCCUGGGCUCUGGAGUCGUAUUAUGAAUUUCCAAAAGGAUCCGAUUCCGCUUCUCAUAGAACUUCUGAAGCGAUCGGAUCCGGUCCGCAUUGAUGUAGGGAAAGAUGAUCAACAAGUGACCUUGGGAUGGGGCGACGGAAGAAAAAUAUCGGAAAUUUUAACUGCAAACACCCAAAGGAUUCGCACUUUCAAUGUGGAGAUGGGACAGGCAGACUUGGAGCACCUAGCCAAGAUGUUUAUCCAAUACCCAGCACCCCAUCUCGAAUUUCUUGGACUCAACGUCAAUGGGGAUCUAGGAGAGUUACUGUUUCAAGCUCGUGUUCCCGCUCUACGCCGUCUGCAUCUCAUCGAUUGUGACAUUCACAAAAUCCCCUUCAUGACAUCAAAGGUCCCGUUUUUCGCCACUCUCACCGAGUUAUCUAUCAAGGACGUUACAAACAUUUCGAUUUCGACUUGGGUUCUCAUCCUCCUCCAAACGCCGUCACUUCGAUGGCUCUCAAUUUUGUUUUCCAUCAGUCCAACAGGCGAAAUUCAGAGUCAGCGUAAUAAAGCGCCUCUUCCCGAACUCUUGAUGCUGAGUUUGGCUGGGCGAUUUAAUGACUGUGUCUCAUUAGUUGACCACAUCGUGGCUCCUCCUCUGUGCAGCUUGCGAUUAGAGUGUACUUCUAUGCCAGUGGGCCGGGAGUUAGAUCAAGCGUUGGACAUCGCGGAGCAAUGGACCAGCCAGUGUUCUCUGCGCAAUGUGAUAGCUCGUCGCCUUUGUGUCGUGGCGAUUGUGAGAAGCAGUCUUAUUGUCGGGAAUCCAAACUGGUUCGGUGCAUUGAACACCUGGGGCACAUGCGAAGCAGCGUCUUUAAGAUCGAAAUGCCAUAUUGAUGGGACGUCCAUGUUGAGCUUCCACUUUACUUGGGAGAGCUCUGAAGAAGUCUCAUCCUGCUCUCAUCGACUCGUUUCAUGCUUUCGCCCCAUUUAUUCGGUCGCUGAAUCUUUGAUUCUAUGGGUUGACGACGAUAUGUUCUCUUUUCAUGAAAACUCUCUGGCAAUAGAGGAAAUCCUUCCCUCGUUCUACAACCUGCGAGUACUUCAUGUCACGGAAGAAUCGGUUGUUCAUAUUAUAAACCUCCUAUACAAUCCUGAGCUUCAAAAGGGAAGCUCGGAUAUCCUAUUGCCUUCCCUGAAGACGAUAUAUUUUAUGGAUCCCAGAUUUGGAGAAAACGACAAAUGCUUCGACACCCUCCUUUCGGUCGUACAGCAACGGAGGCGUAUUCAUUCCCCAAUACAGAAUAUUAACAUCGUCUGUGAUGAAGGAGAAGAUCCUCGUUUACAUAUGAACCAAAGACAGCAAGACGUUCUAACUGAGCAUGGAGUACGUAUCGAGCUCUCCGCCCUAACAAUGUCUGAGGAAUUUCGGUUUUUGCUGGACCACUGUGCCUCAGGAUAG